GAUGAGCGGCGCCGGGGACCGGAUUCCGGGAGGAGACGCCGCCCCUCAGGCCGCUGGGGACCCCGGCGCCACCGCCGCCAAGGGUCCCGGCGCGGAGCCCCCGCCCGCGAUGCUGAGCGUGGACGUGCCGGGACUGUGCGCGCAGUUCGCCCGCAGCUUCGUGCUGCUCUUCCCGGUGUACGUGCUGGGCUACCUGGGACUGAGCUUCCUGUGGAUCCUGCUGGGGCUGUUACUGCUCUUCUGGUGCCGGAGGAACAAGGGCCACAAGACCUCCCGUUUCUACCGGGCACUGGCCUUCCUGGAGAACGAGGAGCAGGCGGUGCGGCUCAGCAUCUGCACCUCGGACCUGCCCGCCUGGGUCCAUUUUCCUGACACUGAAAGAGCAGAAUGGCUAAAUAAGACUGUAAAGCAUAUGUGGCCUUUUAUUUGCCAGUUUAUAGAGAAAUUGUUUCGAGAAACAAUAGAACCAGCUGUGCGGGGAGCAAAUGCUCACCUUAGUACCUUCAGUUUCACAAAGAUUGAUAUGGGUCAUCAGCCCCUGAGGAUUAAUGGUGUUAAAGUAUACACAGAAAAUGUGGACAAGCGACAGAUUAUUUUGGACCUUCAGAUCAGUUUUGUGGGAAAUUGUGAGAUUGAUUUGGAGAUCAAAAGAUACUUCUGUAGAGCUGGAGUGAAAAGUAUACAGAUUCAUGGUACAAUGAGAGUUAUCUUAGAACCAUUGAUUGGGGACAUGCCUUUAGUUGGAGCUCUGUCCAUUUUCUUCCUCAGAAAACCUCUUCUAGAAAUUAAUUGGACGGGAUUAACUAAUCUUCUGGAUAUUCCUGGGCUAAAUGGCUUAUCAGAUACUAUUAUUCUGGAUAUAAUAUCCAAUUAUUUGGUGCUUCCUAAUCGAAUCACAGUUCCUCUUGUCAGUGAAGUACAGAUUGCUCAGCUUCGAUUCCCUAUACCAAAGGGUGUUUUAAGAAUACAUUUCAUUGAAGCUCAGGAUCUGCAAGGUAAAGAUACUUACCUUAAGGGCCUUGUCAAGGGGAAAUCAGACCCCUAUGGAGUUAUUCGUGUUGGCAACCAAAUCUUUCAAAGUAAGGUCAUCAAAGAAAAUCUCAGCCCAAAGUGGAAUGAAGUUUAUGAGGCUUUGGUUUAUGAACAUCCCGGGCAGGAGUUAGAAAUUGAACUCUUUGAUGAAGACCCAGACAAGGAUGAUUUCCUUGGAAGUCUUAUGAUUGAUCUGAUCGAAGUUGAGAAGGAACGCCUCUUAGAUGAAUGGUUCACUCUGGAUGAGGUCCCUAAAGGAAAAUUGCAUUUGAAACUGGAAUGGCUCACAUUGAUGCCAAAUGUUCAGAAUCUUGAUAAGGUGCUAACAGGCAUUAAAGCUGACAAAAACCAAGCCAAUGAUGGCCUUUCUUCUGCAUUGCUUAUCUUAUAUUUGGAUUCAGCAAGAAAUCUUCCAAGUAAUCCAUUAGAAUAUAACCAUGAUGGCUUGAAGAAGGCUGCAGUUCAGAAAGCUUUAAAGUCCGGGAAGAAAAUAAACAGCAAUCCUAAUCCUCUGGUUCAAAUAUCAGUUGGACACAAAGCCCAGGAGAGCAAGAUUCGAUAUAAGACCAAUGAACCUGUCUGGGAAGAAAACUUCACCUUCUUCAUUCACAAUCCCAAACGUCAGGACCUUGAAGUUGAGGUCAAGGAUGAACAGCAUCAGUGUUCCUUGGGGAACCUGAAAAUUCCUCUCAGCCAGCUACUGGCAAGUGAUGACUUGACUAUGAAUCAACGGUUCCAGCUCAGUAAUUCCGGGCCAAACAGCACUAUAAAAAUGAAGAUUGCCCUCAGGGUACUAUAUCUUGAAAAACAAGAAAGGUCUCCAGAUCAUCAACAUUCAGCCCAAGUGAAGAGACCCUCUGUUUCCAAAGAAGGGAGGAAAACAUCUGUCAAAUCUCAUGUCACUGCACCUGCAGCUUCUGAUUCUAGCAAAAUGGUCUCAGCUCCACCAAUACCUGACAAUACAAGAAAGACUGAUGUGGAUGAAAAAGGUCAACCUCCCAAUGCUAGUCCUCAGUGGCCAUCUGAUCUCAGCCAAAGUUCCUCCAGCCUCCACACCUCCAAUGUUACCUCUUCCCCGAGUCACCUUUCCAUCAAGGAGCCCACCCCCAGCAUAGCAUCGGACAUCUCACUGCCCAUUGCCACACAGGAACUACGACAAAGACUUCGACAGCUUGAAAAUGGAACAACAUUGGGGCAGUCUCCCCUGGGGCAGAUUCAGUUGACAAUACGUCAUAGUUCACAAAGAAACAAACUUAUUGUGGUUGUGCAUUCCUGUAGAAAUCUCAUUGCCUUUUCUGAGGAUGGCUCUGAUCCAUAUGUCCGAAUGUAUUUACUUCCAGACAAGAGAAGAUCAGGAAGAAGAAAAACACAUGUAUCAAAGAAAACAUUAAAUCCAGUCUUUGAUCAAAGCUUUGAUUUCAGUGUUUCCUUACCAGAAGUGCAAAGGAGAACGUUGGAUGUAGCUGUCAAGAACAGUGGUGGUUUCUUGUCCAAAGACAAAGGGCUUCUGGGCAAAUUGUUGGUAUCUCUGGCCUCUGAGGAUCUUGCCAAAGGCUGGACCCAGUGGUAUGAUUUGACAGAAGAUGGUACAAGACCCCAGACUAUAAACUAGAUCCUCUUUCGACAUGAAGAAUUUCUCUUUGCGUAUUGUACUUAGCCAAUCUUUAUACACUUUGAAUGCAUCAUUUUCACAGAUGUUUCAAUAUUAUUUUUAUAGUUUUAUGUAUUUAGUUAUUACACACCCCAAAGGUUUUAUAAAUUUUAACACAUUGACAUUUUUUGCAGAUUUAGCCAGUUUUAUUGUUAAAUUUCAUAUUUUAAUUUAGUCUAAUAUUUUGCCUAUUAUUACAACGUGCAAUAGUGUUAGAAUGACAUGGUGUUAAAUGGAAACAUUUGUCAUUUGUGUCUUUUAGAAAAUGAAUAUAUAUGCUUUAUUACUGCCUUGUUUUGUAUAUCACCAAGGCAUACUAUGCCAUGUAAAUAGACUAUUUUUUUAUAAUCUCUUCAUGCUGGUUUGAAGUCAGAUGAAAAUGGAUGAAGGGAAUAUAUAUAUAUAUAUAUUUUCUUCAAGUUCAUAUUAAAUUCUUAUGAAAAAUAAUCCUUUUAUUUGGCCUUUGCAGUAAAAUGGUCUCAGUGACUUAUUUUGUGGGGGGUUUUUAAAAGAAAAAAAAAACUGAAAAGACUUAAAAUUAGUGAGUUUUUUGUCUGUUGUGGCUAGUAAAA